ACCCAACAUGCUACAACGAACGGACUGUAUCAGAGUCUAUCGGCGAACGAAGCCACUCACACAAUGUCCGACAUCAACAUCAACGGCUUCUUCUCAGUCGAGGGCAAAGUAGCACUCAUCACGGGAGGAUCGAGAGGACUCGGCCUACACACAGCCACUGCGCUCCUCCUCGCCGGCGCCAAGACACUCUUCAUUAGCGCGCGCAAGGCCGGCGGUGAGCAAGGCAUCGACCAGGCCGUUCGCCGUCUCAAUGAACUCGCCCGCAGCAAGAAUCUUCCCGGACAAGCCAUUGGGAUUCCAGCGAAUGUAGCCCAAGAAGAAGACAUCAAACGUCUUGUCACAGAAGUUCAGAAGCAUUCUCCCGUCCUCGACAUUUUGAUUGCCAAUGCCGGAGCGACGUGGGGAGGACCAUUCGAGCCGACACCAGACUGGUCAAGCCAGAAGGUGUUGGACUUGAAUGUUCGCGGCGUCUUCAAUCUGGCGAGAUUGUUCUGUCCUAUGCUAGUCGCUGCUGGCCAGCCAUCGGACCCGUCGAGAAUUAUCAUCGUCUCCUCCGUUGCCGGUACGAAUGUCGCCCACGUCGGCGACAACGGAACGAUCAUGUACUCCGCCUCCAAAGCCGCAGCGCAUCAUCUCGCGAGGAACCUAGCGAUGGAACUCGGACCGAGAAAUAUCACCGUCAACACUGUCGCUCCUGGAUUCUUCCCUUCCAAGCUGGCAAAUGGUCUCAUCGAGAAUCUAGGAGGCGUGGACGAGUUGAGCCGGGCGAAUCCCAGGCAGAGACUGGGCGAGCCGAACGACAUUGCAGGAGUGAUGCUGUUCCUAUGCUCGAAGGCGAGUUCGUACGUCAACGGCGAGGAUAUCGCGGUGGAUGGCGGUGCGAGAUGGGCGGCGGGGAGAUUAUCGAAAAUAUGA